AUGCCGAUAACCCCGCGCCCAAGCGCCGCCCUGCGCGCCGCGCACACGCUCAGCAAAUGCACCAGCACACCAACCCUCAGCACCAGCAGGGCCUUCUCCCAGAGCGUGGCCCGGAAGGGGGCGGAUAACGCGCACCACGAGGACCACUACGAUCCGCCAUCCGGAUGGCUGUUUGGGAUCAAGCCGGGCGAGAAGGCGGAGCGGGAGGGGUGGGAGGGGGUUUGGAUGUAUGGGUUCUUUGGGAGCUUGGGGCUGGCGACCGUGGCGUAUGCAUUCAAGCCUGAUACUUCGAUACAAACCUGGGCCCUCGAGGAAGCGCGUCGGAGGUUAGAAGUUGAGGGGAUCCUGAAGGAGCCGGAAGACAAGUCGUAG